AAAAGGGCAAGUUAGUGUGUGUCCCUCUUUGACUCUUUUUCAAAACCAAACACAAAAAACACCAAAAGUGUUUGGUUUAAUCAUACACCAAAAUACAACCAAGUUAGAGUAUUCUACACUUCAUAUCACACAUAUCUUCAACAAAAACAAAACAAAACCCCUCUCUUAAUCAAUACUUCAUCUAUUUAUAUGCCCUUGAUAGUAAUUCCACUUCAUAUAGCUUUUGAUUAAUUUCUUUGUCUCAUAUAUAUAUAUAUAUAUAGCUUUUGUGAUCUUUGUAUCAAUGGAACAGGAUCAAUGUUGGAUUCAAACAAAGAGAAAAUACUCAAUGAGUUCUAAUUCAAAUAUUGUUACUAUUCCUUCUUCUUCUUCUUGUUAUGGUGAUUCAUGGGAAGAACAAGCUUUCGCUGAAGACGCGGCUGCAGGUUCUCUUGGUGGAUGUAUAUGGCCACCAAGAUCAUAUUCUUGUAGCUUUUGUAGAAGAGAGUUUAGGUCAGCACAAGCAUUAGGUGGACAUAUGAAUGUUCAUAGAAAAGAUAGAGCAAGACUAAAGCAACAACCAUCAAAUGAUCAAAUUCUUUUUCAUCAUCAUCAUCAUCAUGAAGUUGAAAUUGAAAAUCAUCAUCAUCUUCUUCAUCAUAAGCCACUUAUUCAAAGUGAUCAUAACUAUUUGGCUUAUAAUAGUAACCUCUUCCCUAAUUCACCUCUUUGUGGUUUGGUUUAUGAAAAAGCUAACCCUAAUUCUCAUCUCGAUCUCUCCGCGUCUUCUAAGGAUUUAUUCAGAGACGAAACCCUAAUUUCACCUUCUGAAUCAUGGUUGAACUUACCUCGAGACGAUAGAUUAUGUUCGCCGAAGUUUCAACAAGAAGUUGAUAAUGAUAAUCUUGAUGAAAAAGUCUCCAAGGGAAUAUUGGAUUCUAGGGUAAGAGGUAAAGGUGAAAAUGAUGAUGAAAGUGAUGUAUCUAUGAGCUUGAAUUUGGUUUUGUGUAGAGCUCAUCCACUUGUGCAACUUGAUGAGAGAAAUAAGGAAGAAGGUGCGAUGAUCAAUUGCAAGAAGAGGAUGAAAAUAGAUUCUUCAUCAAAUCAAUUAUUCUCAAACUCAAAAAGCACUUUUGAUAAUCAACAAAAUAUCCAAGCAAAGAUGUUUGAGUUUAGCCCUAAUUCAAUUGAAGAGCUAGAUCUGGAGUUAAGGCUUGGUACAAGAUCCAAGGUAUAGUAGUACUUUAUAGUAGCAUAUAUAGAAAGAAAAUUCUUCAAUUUUCUUAAUGAAUAUAGAUUGUUCUUCUCUUAUAUGUUCAUAGUUUGCUGUUUUUGUGUUUACAUUUUCUUAAUUUCUUUACUUUACACGAAGAUGUUUUUCAUCAUGUUUGAUUUGUUUUUUCCAUCAAAGAGUUUCAGACUCAAAUAUCAAGUUGUUUGUCAUGAUAACAUUUACAGCAACUAUAUAGACAGGCUUUUGUAUA